UGCACCGCCUACACGGACGUUUUCCUCACCGCAGCUGCUUGUGCUCGUGGCUGCCGCUAAUUACCUCAACUGGGGGCCGUGGGAAGACUUGGAGGCCGAAGAGCUAUGGCUACAAUCCGCUUUGGGCAGCAUGUCAUAAAGGCCACGUCUGUGUUCCUGCAAACAGAGCUGUCCUUUGCUCUGGUCAACCGGAAACCUGUGGUUCCUGGUCAUGUCUUAGUGUGUCCAUUAAGGCUGGUUGAGCGGUUCCGUGACCUGCGUCCAGAUGAAGUGGCUGACCUGUUUACCACCACCCAGAGAGUGGCCGACAUCGUGGAGAAGCACUUCAAGGCCUCAUCAUUGACCAUUGCCAUACAGGACGGACCCGAGGCCGGACAGACGGUGAAGCACGUCCACGUCCACGUGUUGCCGAGGAGAGCCGGCGACUUUGAGAGGAACGACAGCAUCUACGACGAGCUCCAGAAACACGACAAAGACUCCGAAGACGUUCCCUCCAAAUGGAGAUCGGAGGAAGAGAUGGCGAAAGAAGCGACAGAGCUGAGGGGGCUCUUUAGUUAACUUCCUCUGAUCAGCUAAAGAAAAGCUAUGGUGAUUUUACAUGAAGAUUUGGCAUCAACUUUUUAUUUGCAAUAACACACACACUCACACUCACACACACACACACACACACACACACACACACACACACACACACACACACACACACAUUAUCUAAGCUACUUAUCCUCCUGGGUCACAGGGGAUUCUGGAGCCUAUCCCAGCAGUCACUGGAUGAAAGGCAGGAAACACCCUGGACAGGUCGCCAGUCCAUCACAAGGCUUAUUUGCUAUAAUAAUAAAGCUGAAUUUUACUGC